AAGAAGACCUAGACAAGUUCCAGAAAGACCCAAGACCAAAGGAUGGUGGUCAGCUCCACUUUUACCUAAAAAUAAGAACAAGAUAUCAACAGUGGGAUUUGUUGGGAAGAAUAAAGUAAGGAAUAAUAAAGGUACAGAAAUUCCUUACAUAGCUGGAAUAUUUAAAAGUAUUGCCAUUAAAUCUGAAUUAUUAUUAGCAUCUUUGGAAGAACUAAGAGUUGAUAAAUCUGAAAUUGGUGUGAAAUAUCUUUUGAUGGAAGGUGGAGAAGAAUUUUUAAAACAUAAAAAAGGAUGCGUUAUUUGUUGA